AUGGCUGCAUCUAUUCCGGCGCUGUUCUCCCUCGCGGGCAAGACCGCAAUCGUCACAGGAGGAACCCGAGGCAUCGGUCAGGCCAUGGCCAUUGCGCUGGCCGAGGCCGGUGCGGACAUUGUCCUGAUUCAGAGAGACGAAUCCAACACAGCGACUCGCGACGAGAUCGUGAAUAGAAUUGGCCGACAAGCAUGGAUCCAUGUCGCGGAGCUGUCCGAUCGACAAGCCAUCAAGGGUGUCAUUCCCACCUUAACGAGUCAAGGCAUCAAGCCGCAGAUCCUGCUCAACUGCGCUGGCAUCCAACGGCGGCACCCUAGUGAGAAGUUUCCCGACGAGGACUGGGAUGAGGUCAUCCAAGUCAACCUGACUUCUGUGUUCACGUUGUGCCGUGAAUUCGGUGCCUAUCUACUGGCUCGGGACGCUUCGGAGUUCCCCUCUGGCCGUCGUGGUGCCAUCAUCAAUGUGGCUUCCCUUUUGUCUUACCAGGGUGGCAUUACUGUCCCCGCAUACGCUGCAUCCAAAGGAGGUAUUUCCCAGCUGACAAAGGCCCUGUCCAACGAAUGGGCCUCCAAGGGUAUCAACGUCAACGCGAUUGCACCCGGCUACAUCGCCACCGAUAUGAACACUGCUCUGAUCAACGAUUCCAACCGUAAUGCGGGCAUUAUGGCGAGAAUCCCGGCAGGCCGCUGGGGCAAGCCGGAAGACUUUAAGGGUGUCAUCGUGUUCUUGGCUAGUGAGGCCAGCACCUAUGUUUCCGGAGAGAUUGUCUGUGUGGACGGUGGCUGGAUGGGGCGGUAG